AUGGAGAGUGGUAGGAUUCUGCCGAGCGGUUUCAAAAUCUUCUGCUCCAUUCCAGAUGUGCUCUUCCUGCCUGAACUGGUGUGUGGAGGUGCAGUGUGGAUUUUGAUAGCUUGUGCAAAUGUCGAUCCCGCCGAGCCACUGGCCUACGUCAUUUUCAUCUCAAUCCUUUGUUUCAUUCUUUCGAUCAUCUGGAUGACGGCCUUUAUCUGUGGGCUUCAUCGCAACCAUGAGACUUGGGUUGCUGCGGACGUACUGUAUCACGGGGCCGCUGCUCUGCUGUAUAUGAGUGCUCUAUCCCUGCUCGCCUACAUAGUCACUGUUCUCAGACAGAUUGAGCAGCUGGACGUAAAGAUCUACAGACUGGACGUUGCUGCAGUGGUGCUUUGCACUGCCACCACAAUACUGUACAUCAUUCACACCCUGUUCUCAGCCAUUCGGUGGAAGUCUACAUAA